GGUGGGGCUGGGAUUGUGGGCUACCUGGAGAGCCCUGCCUUGAUCUUCCAGGAAAUCCUGAUAUCACCUGGGGAGAGUUUGAGCCUGGCUUGUUGAACUAGUGCACCUGAGAGAACGUUUUGUGUUUCACCUGGGGAACCCUUUUCACAAACAGUCUGGGAAGAGCUAGUCUGGUGCAAACCAUGGUAAAGGUACAAAAGAUUUGGGGGAAACUUGUUUGAGAUUUCUGGGUUUAUGCCUCUUUGCUCUGGCACCUUCUCCCACUGGGUAGUAACAACAGUAAUGGGUAAUUGUUCUCUGACGUGCCAGGUGCCGUUCAUUUUACAUGCAUCAUCUCUUGUAACCCUAACAGCCCUUUUAGGAAGGUACUAUAUUAUACCCAUUUUACAGCUGAAUUGACUGAGGCACAUAGAGGUGACUUGCACAUAGAUACACAGUUGGCAGGUGGCAGUGUUUGAAUUCAGAUCUGGUGGUUUGACACCAGAGCCUACACUGAAUAAGCUGUGUUGACAUGACAUUGGCCAGUGCUAAGCUUGUCCUUUGUGAUGGAGAAUUACUGGAUUGCUCUCAAUCCUAGAGUAGACAGUUGAUCAGUGCAGUUAAGGACUUUGGAGUUGGACCCUGCCAAGGUAGAGUUCUGAGCACAGUAAUAUCCCUGUGUGGCUUUGAGCACAUAAAUGACUGCCUUUCUGAGCCUUACCUAAAAAAUGGGGACAAAAGCACCAUCUGGAUCUCAUGGGAUUGUUGGGAAAUACAUAAAGUAACUUCUCAAUAAACAGUAGCUUUGAAUCACUUGAACCCAGUUUGAGAAGGAAAUACGUAUGUAUUUCCCUGGCUGCCCUUUAUCCCCCAGUGUGUAUUCAUGUGUAUUUCUCCUGCCAAGCUUUCUAUUUGCAGUUUCUUGGUUAUUCUGUAUUUACUAGCCACGUCAGGGUACCUGGGUGGCGAAACCAGUCUGCACUUGGCUGCUGACCUAAAGUUUGUCAGUUCAAACACAGCCAAUGGCACUGUGGAAGAAAGGCUCGGGAAUCUCCUUCCAAAAUGAUUAAAGCCAAGAAAACCCUAUGGGGAAGUUCAACGGUGUAGCACAGGGGGCCCCCAUGGGUCAGCAUCGACUCGAUUAAUGGCAACAGGUUUUUUUUUUUUUUUCUCUAGCUACAACAUCUUGGGCCUGUUUCACUCUGGGCCUCAGUUUCCUCCUCAAUAAAGUGGGGAUACUGACAGUACCUACCUCCUUGUAGAAGUGUGGUGAGGAGUAAUUAAAUUGGUAAAUGUAUUUAGAACAGUGCUUCACAGUGAUAAGUGCUCAACAGCAGGUAGCCAUUUUUACGAUUAUUUGAUUCUGGCCACCUUCCCAUGAGGGCAGGGCCUUAUCUAGCAGAUUUUCCCUGGUAGGCCAGAUGUCUAGUAGUUGCUCAGGUACUGUUUGUUGACACGUUGGACUCAUUGUUUUCCUGCCUUUGAAAAUCUGAUGUCAGGGCUGCCAAGUGAAACACUGGGCAUCGUUCUCCUUCUUACUGGGUGCAGAUGCCGCUGUGGGUGGUGUAUUUACACAAGGUUGGACUUGCCUGGCAACUCUCUGGAAGUUUCUUUACACCAGGAUUUCUCAACCUAGGCACUAUUGUUAUCUGGGCUAGUUAAUUCUUUGUUGUGGGGGGCUGCCUCUGCCGAUUAGCGGCCGGAAGCACCUUCUCUCUCGUCAAGUUGUGACAAGCACAAGUGUCUCCAGACUUUGUGAAGUGUUCCCUGGGGGACCGCCGGUGAGAACCACUCCCUUACACUGCUCUGAACACCCUAACGCUUUAAAAGUGUGGUACAUGAUGCAGGAAGCAUAUACCGACCUUUCACAGGGAUGCAGAUGUGGUCCCUGGCCAGUGCAGUACCUGGUAUGUAGUGAAAACUUCAUAAGUAUUAGUUAUCAACCUAUAGCCAUUUAAAAACACCUUAAAUAGGUACAUGUGAGCAUGAUUAAAAGAAUUCAAAGAGGAGUCAAAUGUGUGUUGCAGGUACUGGUUUUCUGUGUGUUCUUCCAGGCCUUUGCAAACCCAGGGCCCCACUCUCCCAGCCCAUAUUUCUUUCACACAGAUUAUGUUUCUGGCCCAUUUUUCUUUUGUAUUUCGUUCCAUGCCAGUCCAUAAAGACCUAGUUCCUUCUUUACUCCAUUACAUGACUCAACACGAUUUAUUGCAUCUCAGUACCCUAAUGGACUCUGAUGUUGCGUCCAGCCCGUGGCUUCUGCAGGCCAGAUUGCAGCGGUGCCCCCGCCCACCUUUCUGUGUGCACUCAUGAACCUGUAGGCUACAGGACACAUUCUUAGAAUCCCCCUACUGGUAGCUGAAUAAUCGUGAGUGUUUUUUUGACCAGUGGGAUUUAAGCAGUUUUCUGGGCCUGUCAGUUUCUCAUACUGUGUUGGCUUCCAUGUUGUUGUGAUCCUGGAAGCUAUGCCAUCAGUAUUUCAAAUACCAGCAGGGUCACCCAUGGUGGACAGGUUUUAGUUGUGCUUUCAGAUGAAGACAGACUAGGAAGGUCGGUCUGGUGAUCUACUUCUGAAGAUUAGCCAAUGGAAACCCUACGGAUCACAAUAGAGUACUAUCUGAGACAGUACUGGAAGAUGAGCCCUCUAGGUUGGACGACACUGCACAGCAAUUCCGACAAUGGGCUUUAGCGUACUCUAGAUCGUGAAGAUGGUGCAGGGCUGGCAGCGUCUCGUUCUGCCGUAUGUGGCGUUGCCGUGAGUCAAAGCUGACUCAACAGCAGCUAACAACUGGGCCUGAAAUCUUUGACCGUCUUCCAAAGGGACGUGAUGAGGUGACCCGGAGGCCUGUCCCUUCUUCCAUGUUGCCUUAGUAGAGAAUUUCUUGUCGUCAUUAAGGUGACUUUUGGAGAGGCCAGACCCCCUUGCCCAGGGUGUGUGGGGAACGUUGCUUGGUUACCAGCGGUACCUCUUCCUUCAUCUGCCCACUUCUGAAGCCUCUUUAUUUUCCCUUUUUCUCUCAGCCCACUUCUGUGCUUCAGCCGCUGCAGGCACAGAAUCGUCUUUUUUUUUCUCAAUUGACCCUCUGGUGCUGUAAUUCCCUGUUGUAGUUUGAAAGCCACCAGCCCCUGAGUUUCCAGAAGAACCUGAGCCUUGCUGUGGGGUGGGGCCAGCCACAGCAUUGCCCUGCAGCCUGGAUAAAAAAUGAAGUUGUGUCGUGGCCGCCAGAACCAGCUCCUCCAGCAAAGGCUGUCCUGAGCCAGCUACUCUCUAAGGGCCACGGCAACCGGUUACUCCACAUUCUCUUUGUGGAGAGUUUUAAAGGCCUCAAAUAUGUACAUACGUUGGUAGUUGGUCUUGGGGGUUUGGCUGCUGAGGGGGUGGGUCAGAGCCAGUGGUGUCUUAUAGGGAGUUGGUGCCUGCCUCCCCAGCUGGAUAAAAUUUCACUUAGCUUGGCAUUCUUGAACCAGGAAAUUCCUGUUGAGAUGUUGUCCUUUUUCCAAAAGGCCUCAUCCCAGCCGAGAAGGAGAAAGGGCGGCUGUGAUGGCAAUUGCCUGUGUGAUUGUUGAAGGCUAAACAUGGAAUUCAUUUGUAAAUCAGCCUCUUCUCCCUGGAUUGAAGCAAUUUCUGUCCUGCCAGGAGAGUUCGGCAGUUUACCUUUUACAUAUGAAUGUGCCCUUUAAUCACCACUUCUGCGUUAUUGAGAAAGCCUGUAGAGUGGGAACGGAUUAUGCCUCGAGUAUACAAGAUGGUUUUCUCAUUUCUAGGAGAGCCACAUCAGAAUGAAAGGUAAUUCGAAAUAAUUAUUGAAAAAUUAAAAAAGCCUUCAAAAUAUAAACCACAAUCCCCCACCUCAUCUUCUCUCCCGAUAGUCUCGCUUCCAUCAGCAGAACCACUGCGAUUUGUUUAUUCUCAUCCCGUGAGAUAAAUGGCUCUUUGGUGUAAUGUGCUGAAGACUUUCGUCUUAGCCGAGCUGCUGUCUGUCGAGGGUGAUAAAUUAGAGGCAAAAGCCCGGGGACAUGCAGGCACGUCAGGGAGGUGACAGUGUCCUUGCCCCGAUCUAAUGUGUACAAGACCAGGGCUGGCCUGGUAAGUGGUGACUCCUAGCCUAUCCUCUUUGCGUCUUCCUCCUCCCUGUGGGAGAGGCCGAGGAGGAUCCGGAAGCAGGAAUGCCUGCCAUGUGGGAGCCUCUGUUGUCUUAAAAAAGAGAGGCUAGGGCCUCUGAACAGCUGAGCUUUCUCAAUGGCAGGUAAGCGUCCCUUCGCAGGGUUCAGAGCCUCAGCCCUGGUCCCCUGUCCCUUGCUUUCUUUGCCUUCCUGGUACCCGAGAUUCCCGGUGAAAUGGCUUUUUUUUCUCCCAAGUUGAGGAUGACCCUUUUGGUAUACAGUCUCAUUUCCACUCCCACCCUGCCUUCCUGGUUCUGAAUGAGAUGUUCCGACUCACAUGUAUCAGGCCUUUUAGAAGCACCCCUUGGCCUAGUGCAGCCUAUCUGGAGGAGAUGGCACGGCCUGUAGCUGUGGCAGGCCCAGCCCUGUCCCCACGACUCUGGGUCUAGAUGUUUGCCCUAUGAACACGUGAUUGAUAAUUUGCUCCCGGGUUGUCUUCACUCCCAUGUUCCUGUUCAGCUUAAGCCUUCUGUGUUCUAAGGAAAAAUUCUCUCCCCUCCCCUCCUUCAUCCUUUUCUUGGGAUUUCUCAUCUCUGCUCCUGUCCAGGAGGAAAUUCCAGGCUUUUGUUUCAUUAUUAUGUAAUUGCUGGCUGGGGCCGGCCCUGAGAUUCCUGGGGAGGGAGGACUGUUUGGGUACCUGCUCUGUGUCUUUGCAGAACCCUUUGAAAUGAUUAACCAUUCUCUGCUUUGCUGCUUUUGGAAGAGCAGUGUGUGGUCAUGUUUGAAGUAGGCCGUGGAGAGGGUUGGUGAUUACCGGGAGUGCCGCCUGCCAUUGCACUCAAUGCCUGCGCCUCUGCUUCUGACCCUGCCUGCCUGCGCAGUUACUGAGGAAACCUGACUGAAAUGGAGAAACAGUGUUCUGGGCUGAUUACAGCCUCCAGCCUAGAUAGGCUGGCAUUUCUGUAUCUUUGAACCUGGGGCGUUGAUUUAACAUGCUCCUCUGAAAAAUCAAGUUCUUUUUUGGGGGGAGCAGAGUGGUGGUGCUGGGGGUGAGGAGGAGGAGAUCCUUGCUUUCGAAAAGCAGUUUACUUGUAUAAAGUACUGCUCUGAAAGCUUUACGUGAGUUAACCUGUUUAAUCCUUCAGGUCCCAUUCUCUCCACCUUAAGAACUGAGGCACAGAGAGGUUAAGUACAUUUUUUAAAGUCAUACUGCUGGGAAGCAGCGGAACUAGAUUCGGCAGCUCGACUCUGGAUUCGAAUACUGACCACUGUGUACUGUCUCUAUCAUCUCUGACCUGGUCCAGCAGAGCAUUCACUCCUGACAUCUGUGUAGGGUGACCAACUCGUUCUGGGUUGCCUGGACUGUCCAGGAAACUCCGUUUGUCCCCGGCAAACCGGACAGUUGGUGGCUCUACUUCUGUGGUGUAAGACUCUGCCUUACCUAUUAACCAAAUUUCUUUUUUCUUGGCUGUGGGCAUUAUUAAGGAAAUUUAACACCCACGAAAACACCACAGGGGUGGUCCUCAUGGGGAAGCGCACGGCCUUUCAGCUGUGGCCCUUUCCCUCCAGGGAGGAGACAAUUCCCUGUAAUGGUGUGUCAUUUCCUGGACCCUGGAGAAUGCAGAGUGCUGUGACUCAGGCUCCGGAUGUGGGAGGAGUGGGUGCCUGGUGAGGCUUGUCAGAGAAGGCCCGGAUAGAGGUGGGAAGGAGUUGAGUGUCGGGGAGAGGGGGGCUGGGGAGCCCCCAGGCCUAUUUCGUGGUGUUGGGCAGGUUCUAGAGCCACAGUUUGAAGAAUGGGAGGUAAACCAGCUUCCUGGGCACUGCCUUUGAGAGAAUGAUGUCCUUAGCGGGCGACACAAACACCAUUUCCUGCCUUCCUCCAGUUCCUGAAGCUCCUGUUGGAAACCCUGUCCCCCACCCCCAAUACCCCCAACUGCAGUUGAGAAAAAAAGGCAAAAUGAGACUGUAUCAGGGCUUUUAACCAGUUCGGUCUGGUUUGAACCCCUGCUAAGAAUUUGCAUUUCUAAUGUGUUCCAGGGGAUGCUAAUUCUGCUGGUUAGGGACCAGUUUUGAGAACCACUAAUAGAGCAGUGGUUCUCAAAAUUUAUUAUACAUAAGAAUCACCUGGGGGAUCUUGUUAAACUGUAGAUUCUGAUUCAGUGUAUCUGGGGUGGAAAUGCAAAUUCUCAGCAGGGGUUUGAACCAAAACAACCAGUUUGAAGCCCUACAAUGUACUGUUAACACACAGGCCCUAAAUCAGAAGUCCAUUAGCUACAGAGCUGAAGAAAAGGCUCUUCCCAACGUGAGGCCGUAUGGUGUUAUGGUUACGAGUUUAGGCCUCUGGGUCAGACUAGAAACAAAACCAAACUCAUUGUUAAUGAGUCGGUUCUGACUUACGGCGACCCCAUGUGUUUGAGUAUAGAACUGCUCCGUGGUUUUUUUUUUUGCCUAUAAUCUUUUUGGAAGCAGAUUGCCAGGCCUUUCUGCCAUGGUGCCGCUGGGUUAUGUUUGAAUUGCUAACCUUUAGAUGAGUUGAGCACCAGCUGUUUGUGCCACCCAUGGACCUUGGGUCAAACUGCCUGGGUUCAAAUCCCAGCCAUGCCACUUAGUAGCUGUGUGACCUUGGACAAGCGAAUUAGAGAGAAGUACUUGUAAAGCAUUUUGAGAAGUGCCUAGUACAUUGUAAAUACUGAAAGAAACUCUUCGCUGUUAGUACCCGCGGUCCAGGAAAGCUGAGAGGCCAGGUUAUUUUGAAAGAAGGCAUCCCUUAAGUCAAAGAAUGUUUAGGAAGUACUGAGUGGGGUUAUUUCUGGCCGUUCAUACCUCCUCAGCAAGACACAGGUUUGGGAGAGAUUGCCUCACCAGCUGGGUUCCUCAUACCCAGUAGACUUUCCCGUGUUACUAAGAAUUCAUUGAAAUGUGGCAAGGAGGGGGAACAUUCUGCUGCUCUCUGCUCCAUGCCAAGCUGCUUUCCUGAGUCAUUGCUGUGUCCUCUCUCCCUGUGACAGCCCUCCUCCCACGCCCACACUAACUCAUUCAAAACCAGACUUAUUUUUAUUAGAGGGGUGGGCGGUGGGUUGCUGUCUUUCUACAGUAACGAGAAGCCAGCAGAAGGGUCCUUUCAGAUCAAGGGUGAACCAUCUCUCUGGUGAUUCAGUCUCUGAUGGCUGUUUGUCACCAUUCCAAGUUUGUAGAUGAAAUGUGUUUAGCAAUAGAUCCUCGUCAGAAUUAAAUCGUUAAAGAAGAAGAGAAAAAAAAACAAAAAAACCUUUGACUCAGCUUUCUGGAAAGGACCCUAAGAUUGGCUUCAUUGACACGGCCCCAGCCAAAAAAACCCACCUUUCUGUCAUCAACAGAGACUGAGCCCCCAUGGGAGCUGGUCAGCUUUUCAGUCCAAAUGCUGACCUGCCGUCUUCUACCUCCGAAGGACGCUGAAUCCAGCAGAUAUGUAUGGGAAGAAAUACUUCUGUGAGAUAAGAAAAACACCGGUGCCUAUGUAACAACUCAUGGUAGCUCAUCGGCAAGGACAAUAGAGAAGGGUGGGGAUUUUGGCAAAAUGGAGAGCACAUUCUCAUCAAAAAAUCCCGGCUCUACAGAGAGAACAGCCCAGAAAAGAAAGUUCCCCAGCCCUCCGCAUUCCUCCAAUGGCCACUCGCCACAGGACACCUCAACAAGCCCCAUUAAAAAGAAAAAGAAACCCGGCUUACUGAACAAUAACAAUAAGGAGCAGUCAGAACUAAGACAUGGUCCGUUUUACUAUAUGAAGCAGCCACUCACCACAGACCCUGUUGAUGUUGUACCGCAGGAUGGACGGAAUGAUUUCUACUGCUGGGUUUGUCACCGGGAAGGCCAAGUCCUUUGCUGUGAGCUCUGUCCCCGGGUUUAUCACGCUAAGUGUCUGAGACUGACAUCGGAACCAGAGGGGGACUGGUUUUGUCCUGAAUGUGAGAAAAUUACAGUAGCAGAAUGCAUCGAGACCCAGAGUAAAGCCAUGACAAUGCUCACCAUCGAACAGUUAUCAUACCUGCUCAAGUUUGCCAUUCAGAAAAUGAAACAGCCAGGGACAGAUGCAUUCCAGAAGCCCGUUCCAUUGGAACAGCAUCCUGACUACGCAGAAUACAUCUUCCAUCCCAUGGACCUUUGUACAUUGGAAAAGAACGCUAAAAAGAAAAUGUAUGGCUGCACAGAAGCCUUCCUGGCUGACGCAAAGUGGAUUUUGCACAACUGCAUCAUUUAUAAUGGGGGAAAUCACAAAUUGACGCAAAUCGCAAAAGUGGUCAUCAAAAUCUGUGAACAUGAGAUGAAUGAAAUUGAAGUGUGUCCAGAAUGUUAUCUAGCUGCUUGCCAAAAACGAGAUAACUGGUUUUGUGAGCCUUGUAGCAAUCCACAUCCUUUGGUCUGGGCAAAACUGAAGGGCUUUCCAUUCUGGCCGGCAAAAGCUCUGAGAGAUAAAGAUGGGCAGGUCGAUGCUCGUUUCUUUGGACAACAUGACAGGGCCUGGGUUCCAAUAAAUAAUUGCUACCUCAUGUCUAAAGAAAUUCCUUUUUCUGUGAAAAAGACUAAAAGCAUCUUCAACAGUGCAAUGCAAGAGAUGGAGGUUUACGUGGAGAACAUCCGUAGGAAGUUUGGAGUUUUUAAUUAUUCUCCGUUCCGGACACCCUACACGCCCAACAGCCAGUACCAAAUGCUGCUUGAUCCCUCCAACCCCAGUGCUGGCACUGCCAAGAUAGACAAGCAGGAAAAGGUCAAGCUCAACUUUGACAUGACAGCAUCUCCCAAGAUCCUGAUGAGCAAGCCCAUGCUGAGUGGGGGCACGGGCCGCAGGAUUUCCUUGUCGGAUAUGCCUCGCUCCCCCAUGAGUACAAACUCUUCUGUGCACACGGGUUCUGACGUGGAGCAGGAUGCUGAGAAGAAGGCGACUUCCAGCCAUUUCAGCGCGAGCGAAGAGUCCAUGGACUUCCUUGAUAAGAGUACAGCUUCACCAGCCUCCACCAAGACAGGCCAAGCAGGGAGUUUAUCUGGCAGCCCGAAACCUUUCUCUCCCCAAGCGUCAACGCCUGUCACGACGAAAGCGGAGAAAACGUCCACCACUGGAAGCAUCCUGAAUCUUAACCUUGACCGCAGCAAAGCCGAGAUGGAUUUGAAGGAGCUGAGCGAGUCAGUCCAGCAGCAGUCCACCCCCGUCCCGCUCAUCUCCCCCAAACGACAGAUUCGCAGCAGGUUCCAGCUCAAUCUCGACAAGACGAUAGAGAGUUGCAAAGCACAAUUAGGCAUAAAUGAAAUCUCAGAAGAUGUUUAUACGGCCGUAGAGCACAGCGAUUCAGAGGAUUCCGAGAAGUCAGAUAGUAGCGAUAGUGAAUAUGUCAGUGAUGAUGAUCAGAAGUCCAAGAAUGAGCCAGAAGAUGCAGAAGACAAAGAGGGGAGUCAGAUGGACAAAGAGCCAUCUGCUGUCAAAAAAAAGCCCAAAGUGACAAACCCAGUGGAGUUGAAGGAGGAGCUGAAAAGCACAUCACCAACCAGCGAAAAGGCGGACCCAGCAGCAGCCAAGGAAAAGACAAGUCCUGAGCCUGAGAAGGAUUUUCCAGAAAAAGCAAAACCUUCACCUCACCCCACGAAGGAUAAACUCAAGGGAAAAGAUGAGACGGAUUCCCCAACAGUGCAUUUGGGCCUGGACUCCGAUUCAGAGAGCGAACUUGUCAUAGAUUUAGGAGAAGACCAUUCUGGGCGGGAGGGUCGAAAAAAUAAGAAGGAACCCAAAGAGCCAUCUCCCAAGCAGGAUGUUGUAGGUAAAGCUCCACCAUCCACUACGGCAGCAGGCAGCCAGUCUCCCCCUGAGACGCCGGUCCUCACCCGCUCUUCCUCCCAAACCCCCACGGCUGGUGUCACAGCCACCACCAGCACGACGUCCACAGUCACAGCCCCAGCCGCCACCGCCGCCGCCACGGGAAGCCCAGUGAAAAAGCAGAGGCCGCUCUUACCGAAGGAGACUGCCCCAGCUGUGCAGCGGGUCGUGUGGAACUCAUCAAGUAAGUUUCAAACGUCCUCCCAAAAGUGGCACAUGCAGAAGAUGCAGCGUCAGCAGCAGCAACAGCAGCAGCAAAACCAGCAGCAGCAGCCUCAGUCUUCCCAGGGGACGAGAUAUCAGACCAGACAGGCUGUGAAAGCUGUCCAGCAGAAGGAGAUCACACAGAGCCCAUCCACGUCUACCAUUACCCUGGUGACCAGCACACAGUCAUCGCCACUGGUCACCAGCUCGGGGUCCACAAGUACCCUUGCAUCUUCAAUCAAUGCCGACCUACCCAUUGCCACUGCCUCAGCCGAUGUUGCCGCAGAUAUCGCCAAGUACACUAGCAAAAUGAUGGAUGCGAUAAAAGGAACAAUGACAGAAAUAUAUAACGACCUUUCAAAAAACACUACUGGAAGCACAAUAGCUGAGAUCCGAAGGCUGAGGAUCGAGAUAGAGAAGCUCCAGUGGCUGCACCAGCAAGAGCUCUCGGAGAUGAAACACAACCUAGAGCUGACCAUGGCGGAGAUGCGGCAGAGCCUGGAGCAGGAGCGCGACCGGCUCAUCGCCGAGGUGAAGAAGCAGCUGGAGCUGGAGAAGCAGCAGGCAGUGGAUGAGACCAAGAAGAAGCAGUGGUGCGCCAACUGCAAGAAGGAAGCCAUCUUCUACUGCUGUUGGAACACCAGCUACUGUGACUACCCCUGCCAGCAGGCCCACUGGCCCGAGCACAUGAAGUCCUGUACCCAGUCAGCUACCGCCCCUCAGCAGGAAGCAGAUGCUGAGGUGAACCCAGAAACACUAAACAAGUCGUCCCAGGGCAGCUCCUCCAGCACGCAGUCAGCCCCUUCAGAAACAGCCAGCGCCUCGAAAGAGAAGGAGACGGCAGCUGAGAAGAGCAAGGACAGUAGCUCCACCCUCGACCUUUCUGGCUCCAGGGAGACGCCCUCCUCCAUUCUCUUAGGCUCCAACCAAGGAUCUGUUAGCAACAGGUGUGACAAGCAACCCGUCUAUGCCCCAACUACCACAGACCACCAGCCGCACCCCAGCUACCCAGCCCAGAAGUACCAUUCCCGGAGUAGCAAGUCCAGUUGCUGGAGCAGCAGCGAGGAGAAGCGGGGGUCAGCACGUUCCGAGCACAACACCAGCACCAGCACGAAGAGCCUCAUCCCGAAAGAGUCUCGGCUGGACACCUUCUGGGACUAGGGACAAAUUGACAAGCCAUUCAAAAUAAAACCUAACAGACUCCAGAGUGAAACAGGAAACAAAAGCUAUGUGAGACAUGAGAACAACCCCCUUCAGACUUGAGAAUUCCCAGCGUUCUGACUUUGCCCAUGCUGCCGGCGCGGAUGGCAGCCCACACUACAGUGUCCAGCAUUAGCUUUGAGCGAGGACUGUUCGAUCCACAUGAAACCUAUGCUUUAGAUGUAAAUAAUGUACAAUUUGUGGAUGUCAUUGAACCUAGAGGACCUUCCCCUUUUUAUAUUUGUAUUGACUUUAACUUAUAAAAAAAGAAAAACAAUUAAAAAAAAAAAUCCAACAACAAAUAGAAUGUUUUGAUGUUGGAGAAGGGAUGGUCAGUCUGUCCAUCUGUCGCGACGUAUGUGGAACACUGGGCCGGGGAAUUGCGGUGGCCCACAGCUCAUCUUCCUUGGGGGCUCAGAGGAAGUGACGUUUUCGUUCAUAUUUCUGUACGCAGCACACUGGGAUCAGGAGCUCAGCACAGACUGUGCUCUUGCGGGUACAUUACAUCCAACCAUCGGCCCCUUUCAAAUCCUGCGUUACUAUGUUCCAGCAUGGGAGUUCUCCGGACCAGAAGGACAUGUGAAGAAGUUAGUUCCUUUGGUGUGAUUUAAACAAUGGCUCCUAAAAGGGGAAAAAAAAAAAACAAAAAAAAAAACCCUUGUUUACAGCAGA